AUGGCGGCGGCGUCUAAGCUUCAUAUUGACAUUUCAAUCACUCCUAAUAUUUCUAUACCACCUGAACGUCUGCCAUUGCCUCCACCAGGAGUUAACAAAUUAGUUCAAGAUGUCAUUAGAGAUCAAGUCAUCGCUCAGCCUGAAGCUCAGGCUAUUGCCUCGGCAACUGUGAAUCUCACAUACAAAGAACUAGACGAGAGCUCUACACGGCUGGCCCUGCAGAUUGCAUCUUCUGGAAUCGGCUCGGGUUCCAUUGUGCCAAUUAUACAUGAGAAAUCUGCCAUUACCAUCGUCGCUAUGUUGGCAAUUUUGAAGGCAGGUUGUGCUUUCACUGCGCAAGACGUAUCUCACCCAACACAGAGGCUGUUGGAGAUUAUCGAGGACAUCAAUGCCCCCAUUUUGCUAGUGUCUGCAGAACAGGCUCUGCGAUUCAGUAGCCUUGCUAGAGUUCCAACCUUGGAACUGUCCACUGAUGUCAUCACUGGCUUGAGCACUGCUGCUGAAUCACCCGCAGCUCCGAUUGAUGUCUCACCACAUCAUCUGAUGUAUACCAUCUUCACAUCAGGCAGUACCGGCCGUCCAAAGGGUGUCAUGAUAGAACACGGCGCCUGGCUAACGAGCGCUCUCGCAUACGGCGCUGACCAAGAGCUCAAUUCUAGUUCGAGAGUCUUGCAGUUUGCAUCAUAUGCUUUUGACAUGUCUUUGAUGGAGAUAUUCACGACUCUCAUCUUUGGUGGCUGCAUCUGCGUGCCAGAUGAAGAAGAUCGUUAUGGAAAAAUACAGGAUUUUGUGAACCAGACAGGCGUCAACACCUUGAUGCUGACGCCUUCCUACGCCAAAUUGCUAGACCCCACUACAAUGCCUGCUGUUAAGAUGCUUAUCACCGGUGGCGAGGCUGUUCCAAGUGAUCUAAUUGAGCUGUGGAAUCCGUAUGUCAAAGUCUACAUUGCCUACGGCCCGACGGAAGCCUCAAUACAAUCAGCUGGCGCAAAGCUCGAGAUUGGAACUACCACGGUCCCAUCGGGUUUCAUAGGCCGCCCAACAGGCUGCAAUCUGUGGAUUGUCAAAGAGGGUAACCACAAUGAGUUGAUUCCCAGGGGUGAGAUCGGGGAGCUAGUCAUUGAAGGAAACACUCUCGCACGGGGCUACCUAGGUGACGAGGCCAAGACCAAUGCCGCGUUUGUGAACAUAUCCAUUGGUACGGAUACCAGGCGCGUGUUCAAAACAGGUGAUUUGGUUCGUCAGACCGAGGGCGGUGAUAUCAUCUUUGUUGGCCGCAAGGACACGCAAAUUAAGAUGCAAGGCCAACGCUUCGAGCUCGCUGAGAUUGAGGCAAGGCUGGCCCAGACUCUGCCUCCUGGAUCCAAAUCUUGUGUGGACAAAGUCGUGAGUCCUAACAUCCAUAAUGGAGGUGCCAUUGUGGCUUUCCUGAGCGACUCAGUAAAGGUGUCGGGCGACGGAGAGCCAGAGAUCAGCUGGAAUCAAGUUGAGACAACCUUGGAAAGAUCCCUCGAAAUCAUGGCGAACCUAGGGACAAUACUCCCAAAGCCAAUGAUUCCAUCACUAUACGUACCAAUCUCGUUUAUCCCUCUUACCACAUCUCACAAGACAAACCGCGCCGCAUUACGAGAGCUGAUUACAUCUCUGGGUCCUAUCGAGAUACGAAACCUCCGAAAGCCAGAUAUGUCCAAAGGUGAAUCCAGAGCCCUGUCUUCUGAGGAGUCGACUUUGCGAGAUCUAUGGGCCUUCGCUCUAAACUUGAACCCAGAGAGUAUUGGACCGGAUGAUCACUUUAUUCAACUUGGAGGUGAUUCGGUUACAAGCAUCAAGCUGAUCGCAGCAGCUCGCAGUCGUGGGAUCACACUCACAUCAGCCACUGUCCUCUCAAACCCAGUCCUAUCCGACCAAGCUCGACUCGCAUUCAGCUCCGCCGCCGGAGAGAGUGACGAGAAUAUUCCACCGUUUGGGUUACUGGGGGUUCGUUCGAAUGAGCUCCGCGUAAUAGCGGCCGCCUUAUGCGGGCUUCCAACUGAGGAAAUAGAAGAUGUCCUGCCCAUGACGCUCAGUCAGAUGCGGUGGUACGGGAAGACUUUAGUGAAGCCAGACGCAUGGAUUGACCAGUAUCACUUUCAACUCCCCAGUGACGUGGACCUUGUACGAUUCAAUUCAGCCGUCAGUUCCGUCGUAGAAGCUACCGAUCUUUUGCGAGCAAGAGUUCUCGCCACUGCAGACAGGAAGCUUUUUCAGGCCAUCAUCAAGUUUCAUCCAGUUCAAAUCAUCAACUCCAGUGAUACCCUGGAAGAGUACUUGAGCCGGGAUCUCGCAACUCCCAUGGGUCUUGGUGCACCAUUGACCCGUUUCGCUGUCCUUCAUCAAGCCGACUCAACUAAAGUGCUUGUCUGGACAAUCCACCAUGCUAUCUACGAUGGCUAUUCUCUACCAAUGCUGCUGCAAACUAUCCAGGAUUUCUACCAGGGCCUCAAGCCAGCCCCAUUCACCCCAUUCAACCGUUAUCUCAAAGGGCCUGAAGAGAAAGAUUUGAUUGAAGGAGAGGCGUUUUGGAGGAAUUAUUUACUGCAGGCUUCUUGGACCAAAUUUCCCGUCUUACCACCUCCUGAGGAAAUGUCUCCACCACAAAUGGGCAGACUCUUGCGGACUCUAGGUAUCGCCUCGAGACAAGCGCAAUUCGGCCACUCUGAGAACGCACAUUCCGUUACCAUGGCAAAUGUAGUCCGUGUUGCAUAUGCUGCAACGCUCUCACACCACUCGGCAGACCGCCCCAGCUCUGUGCUUUUCCUCGAAUCUCUUGGUGGUCGGAACUCAAACCUGAAGGGCAUCGAUCGUGUCGCUGGACCAACACUCCUCACCAUCCCUACGCGGUUGGAACUACCCGGCGUCAAGUCAUACAAAGAUAUUGUACUGGAAGCGCAGACAUCACUUCUGGAGAGAAUGAAGUUUGAGAGCUUCCCCUUGCCCCGCCUCCUACCGCUUGCACCAGCUCUGGAGUUGCGUAACGUCCUCAUGAUAGAGAAUGAAGCGUUUCUGAUCAACGGAGAUGGUAACGGACUAUUCGGCCGUGGAAAAGAAGAGUUGAAGUUGGAGGAGACGGAGGGCUUACCAAUGAUAUUCCGGUGCACUAUUCUUCAAAGCCAGUUGGACGUCGAUAUAAGAUAUGACAGUACCAUCAUUCCCCACGGGGAGGUGGAAGCUUUCUUAGGAACUUUUGAAAGAUUUUUUGAAGAGUUAUGGCAUGGCGAUGGUACCAAAUCUUUUGAUGUCAUUACUUCAUCCUUAUCUAUAGGACAGCGGUUUGACAACUUCUUUAGGGUAGGCUUAUUAUGUAAUUUUCGGAACCAACGAUGUGUAUCCGAGGUCUUGCAACUUUCCAACCCAGAACUACCCGAGCCCUCUGUUCCGACUUUUCGCGAACUUCGACUUCUCUCCUCUCUCGUCCUCCGUAUGGCGGGAGGUCGCAAGUCCAAGGCCGCAGCACCGGCUCGUCCCCAAAACACCCUCGUCGUCGACAAUGGCGCCUGGACGCUCAAGGCCGGCCUCGUUUGCGGCGGCUCGAUUCCAGAGCCUCGCGUGAUCCCCAACUGCAUCGCGCGCGACCGCUCCAAGAAGAUUUACGUGGGCUCCGAGCUCGAAAAGUGCCGGGACUUUAGCGAAAUCCAGUUCCGGCGGCCCGUAGAAAAGGGCUACCUGGUCAACUGGGAGGCGCAGAAGGAGAUUUGGGACCAGGAGCUGUUUGGCGACAAGGCAGAGGUGAAAUGCGACCCCAGCGAGACGAGGCUGAUGCUCACGGAGCAGCCGAAUACGCUGCCUGUGCUGCAAACCAACUGCGACCAGAUUGUGUUUGAGGAAUACGGGUUCUCGAGCUACUACAGAGGGAUUGGAUCAACAUUCAAUGCCUAUCACGACCUGCAGAGCCUGUUCCGCACGCCAAAAGACUCCCUCACAGCCGCAAACACGCCAGCUGAAAUCAUGCUGGUUGUCGACUCCGGCUUCUCGCACACAACCAUCACCCCUCUCCUCGGCGGACGACCCCUCCACUCGGCCAUCAGGAGAAUCGACAUUGGCGGCAAGUUUCUGACAAACUACAUGGCUCGACUCAUCUCCCUGCGCCACUUCGACAUGCGCAACGAUUUAUACAUCGUCAACGAGAUGAAGGAGGCGUCGUGCUACGUCUCCGCCGACUUCAAGGCCGACCUGGAGCGCAUGUGGAAAGGAACCAGGGGAGAGAAACGCCAGGAUUACCUGUCCGGGGCCGGCAUCGUCAAGGAUUACGAAUCGGAGGAGGACGUCUUGACGCUACGAAACGAACGGUUCGCCGUCCCCGAGCUAAUCUUCCGCCCAUCAGACGUGGGCAUGCGGCAGCCCGGCCUUGCAGACGCCAUUCAGCAGUCUCUCCACGAGCUCCCCAUUGGUCUCUGGCCGGGGCUUCUCGCCAACAUCGUCGUGGUGGGCGGGACCUCUUUGUUCGAUGGCUUCAUCCAGCGUUUACAAAAGGAGCUCGUGCAGCUUGUUCCCGACGAUUGCAUAGUUCGCGUCGCUCGCCCUGCCGAUCCCAUCACCAACACCUGGUACGGAGCAGCCAACAUGGCAAACCACCCGAACAUCGACAAAGUAGCCGUCACCAAGCAGGAGUACGAAGAGCAUGGCAGUGCAUGGAUAGCCCGCAGAUUCUCGACAGGCCUCCUUACAUCCUGA